AUGGCCACAUCUUUAAUCAAGAACUAUUUUAACAAUGAAAAUAUAUAUUUUGUAUUUGUAGAAACUAAAGACCUCGUUUCGUUUCGUUCUGUAAUUGAAACAACGAUAUUACAUGUGAGAUUAACUAUGAGAACGGAAGCAUUGAUAGUAUUUGUAAUGGUCGGAUACGUACCAGUAGAAUGUGGAUGGUUUACAAAUUUUCUAGAUAAGGUGUGUCCAAUAGCUUGUCCCAGAGUUUGUACGUUUUUUGAUGGUCCCAUAACGUCUGUUAUCUGUAAAGUGGUAUGUACUUUUGGGUGUGGCAGCAGAGUGAAGCGUCACAUAGCACAGGCCACAAAAGGCCAUAUCAUACCACUAGCUAAUCGGUUCGAUGCUUAUGAUAUUAAUGAUGAUGGUUAUGUAACGAAGAAAGAAUUGUGUAUAGCUAUAUCUGAUAAUGAAUCUAAUCCACAUAUCAACAGAGCUUUUAAAUUAGCUGAUCGAAACAAUGACGGUAAAUUAACUUCAACGGAAUUAUUUCAAGGUCCAUUUGUUUUCGAGAUGGAUUAUGAUUAUGAUAACAUUGAGUAUUGUGAGCGCCUUCUGACAACUAGACCUGUUUAUAAUGUCACAGUUUCAUAA